CGGCAAAAGCUUUGCGCCAACACCACCACCAAACCUCUCCCCCACCCAACUCAACUCGAGCGACCUUCAAAGCCUCCACAGCGAGCAAAGCAACACUACCACCCUCCAUGCCACCCUCCGGCAUCCUCUCCUACAUCCCGACCAGCCUCUCCUCCAUCCUCCCGGUCCGCGGCUGCGGCGCGGCCCCCUUGCCGUCUCCGUCUCCGUCGCCGUCGCCUCCAACUCCACCGGCGUCCCCGGCCCCGAGCAAGAUGUCGCCCUCGGUGAAGGCGGCGGACCGCGCGGAGCUGGCGCGCGUGUUCGAGCUGUUCGACCGGAACGGCGACGGGCGCAUCACGCGGGAGGAGCUGGAGGACUCGCUGGGCAAGCUGGGCAUCCCCGUGCCGGGCGACGAGCUGGCCGCCAUGAUCGCGCGCAUCGACGCCGACGGCGACGGGUGCGUGGACGUGGAGGAGUUCGGGGAGCUCUACCGCACCAUCAUGUCCACGGGCGGUGGCGGGGGCCAGAAGGGCUCGUCGGGCGAGGAGGCGGCGGCGGAGGAGGACGAGGACGAGGACAUGCGGGAGGCGUUCCGUGUGUUCGACGCCAACGGCGACGGGUUCAUCACGGUGGACGAGCUGAGCGCCGUGCUGGCGUCGCUGGGGCUGAAGCAGGGCCGGUCGGCCGAGGAGUGCCGCCGCAUGAUCGGGCAGGUGGACCGCGACGGCGACGGCCGCGUCGACUUCCACGAGUUCCGCCAGAUGAUGCGCGGCGGCGGGCUCGCCGCGCUCGCCUGAUCGACUGAUGCUGAUGAAUGUGCGCUUUGUAUGCUUGGUUGGUACUAGCAGGUGUAUGUAGAUAUUUGGCUCGGGCCGGGGGGAAUCCGUGUAACCGCUCCCGAAAUUCUUCUCGUUUUUUCUGGUUUGUUUGUUCCUUCGUACGCUUAAUCUAAGAUGUACUGUAAGAUUGAUGGGCUUGCAGAUUAAUGGUUUGUACUGCUUGCUGCUCGCAAGAAUUGCUUGGAAGAAUCACCACAAGGUUUUGUA